UGCUGCAGCACGGCCGCCGGUCAAAGCGGUAACUGGGGAUCUGAGCUCGGCGGUGACGCGCGGCCCUCACGUGACCAGGAGCCUGUGUCUGCCCAAGUCUCUCUCGUCCUGGUCCUUUUUGCCUGUCCAGACAGCGUCUGCCUAUUGCCCUUUGGUCGAGGGGAAAAGCACAACGAAGUCUGCAGGUCGCAGCGGGGCACCUCGAGAGGACGCCUGGGAACAAACGGCCAGGAGAGGUCCAGACGAUUCUCAACAUGGAAAAAUCCUGCAAAGAGAAUGAAGAACAGCCACAGAGCGCGCCCAAGGCAGAUGAGGAGCGGCCUCCUGUGGAGCACUCUCCUGAAAAGCACUCCCCGGAGGAACCCUCUUCGGAGGAGCAAUCCUCGGAGGAGGAGUUUUUUCCCGAGGAACUCCUUCCUGAGCUCCUUCCUGAGAUGCUCGUGUCCGAGGAGCGCCCUCCGCAGGAGGGCCUGUCUAGGAAGGACCUUUUUGAGGAGCGCCCUCCCAUGGAGCAGCCUCCUUGUGGAGUGGGAAAACAUAAGCUAGAAGAAGGAAGCUUUAAAGAAAGGCUGGCUCGCUCUCGCCCGCAAUUUAGAGGAGACAUACAUGGCAGAAAUUUAAGCAACGAGGAGAUGAUAAAGGUAGCAGAGGAGAUGGAAGAGAUGAAAAGAGUACGCAACAAAUUGAUGAUCAUGCACUGGAAGGCAAGACGGAACCGUCCUUAUCCCAUUUAAUGUGUUCAGCGUUUAAUUCUGUUUUGCCUGAUAUAAGUAUUGCCACCUGAACUUUGCAUUUUUCUCAUAUACCUUUCCCCAUCUUCUUAAUUUUAACUUUUUAUGUGGCUUUAUUUUAGGUGUUUCGCUUGUAACUGGCAUAAAAUUGGGUUGCCCCCCCCAAUGUGCAAGUCCCUCUCUUUCAGUCCUGAGUCUCACCCAUUUGCAUGAAAAGAUGUACAUUAUAUAUUGUGAAGUGAAAAAAAGCAAUUUUCAAGAAGUAUAUGUAGUAUCCCAGUUUUGUAAAAAAAAUGUAUAUUUAUAUAUUAAUAUGCAAAGAAAAAACUGAAAGUAUAUACUUCAAAGGCUUAACAGUGACUGUGUGGUAAGAUAAUAGGUGAUUUUUUUGGUUUUCCAUUUUUGCUUUAUAGGAAUUUCUCAUUUUUUCAACACGAACACAUUUUACUUGUGUUGCAAAAAAAUCCCAAUAUAAUGAAAAAUUGUAAAACAAUUUAAAAAACUGUCAAUCAGCUUAUAAAGACAAUGUGGCACUUAAUAAAUACUUGUCAGAACUUAAAAAAAGAAAAGUAAAUCCCAUGUUUCUUCUGAAUCUCUUAUGCCGAAAUAUAAACCAGGUACUUAUAUUUG